UAUGGGAGUGUGAGUAGGAGUGUGUGAGUGAGAGAGAGUGUGUGUAAUGUGCAAUAGUCGCCAUCAUGGUGGUCAGGUGGGGAAUCUGUAGCGCUGGGAAAAUCAGCCAUGACUUCACAGUGGCGUUGAAGACUCUUGCUCCUGAAGACCACCAGGUGGUCGCCGUGGCGGCACGGAGCUCAAAGCGAGCGGAAGAGUUUGCACAGAAACACCGCAUCCCCAACGUGUACAGCAGCUACGAGGAGCUCGCUAAAGAUCCCGAGAUAGACGUGGUAUACGUGGGCACCAUCCAUCCUCAUCAUCACCCAGUAGGCAUCAUGUUCCUCAACGCUAAGAAGAACGUCCUGUGCGAGAAACCUCUAGCUAUGAACCUGAGAAAGGUGAAGGAGCUGCAGGCUGCUGCAAAGACCAAUGACGUCUUCUUGAUGGAAGCUGUGUGGACGCGCUUCUUUCCUGCCUCGUUAGAGAUCUCCAGGUUGUUGGAGCAAAAAGCGGUCGGGGAGGUGAAGCUGGUGAGAGCAGAUUUCGGGGCGUUUUUGAAGAACGUCCCUCGCUCUGUGGAAAAGGAGCUGGGAGGAGGGGCUCUGCUCGAUAUCGGGAUCUACUGUUUGCAGUUUGCCCUCAUGGUGUACGACGGGGAGAAGCCUGAAAGCAUCCAGGCGACCGGGGUUUGUCUGGACACAGGAGUGGACGAGAGCAUGGUGGUCACACUGAAGUUCUCUCAGGGAAGAUUAGCAGUGUGCACGUGCACCAUAGCUGUGGAUCUUCCAAGCGAAGCCAUUAUCUUUGGGACUGAAGGAACUAUCAGGGUUCCUGCUCAUAUGUGGUCUCCUACAUCCAUAAUUGUAAAUGGGAAAGAGGCGCAAUACCCAGUACCUAAACCGUACCUGCCUCUCAACUUCAUAAACAGCACUGGAAUGAGAUACGAGGCUGAGGAAGUGAGACAGUGUCUCCUUAAAGGACUGAAGGAGAGUUUGCGGAUGUCACAUUCAGAUUCGGCUCUGCUGGCUGAGAUAAUGGAUGAAUGCAGGAGGCAGGUCGGAGUAGUAUACAGCCAAGACCACCAUUAAACUUUUCACCAAUCAUUCUGGAAGUUUGCCCCAGUUUUCCUCUAAUAGAUUAAAUAAAAUGUCUGGGGUCCCCCUUUCCUUUUUUUUUGUUUUACAUUAACAUCAAAAUGCUAGAGUAAGAUGGUUUUUCCAGGUUGCUCCACCUGGUACAGAGCUGUAUAGAGGCUGUACAUGUGUUGAAAUAAAGUACACGAUUGAAGACCAGA